AUGCAAAUUGCUUCUUCUUCUUCGUUCUAUUCUCCUGUUCGUAGUUCAAUUCAAGUAGGUGCAAUUCCGGUUGUUGUUCCGGUCAUCAACGACCCCGAUUCCGCACCAAGUGGUAUCAGCCGUUCUGAUCCGAGGCCUGAGAUGGUGGACACACGCUCUACUGACAUGCGGAGAUUGGAGGAAUCGGUCAAAGCUACUAUGGCUGAAAUCUCUGCGAAACUUGUGGACACCGAGAAGCGUCGGGAAGAAUCUGAGGCGGCGCGCGAGCUCGCUAUGAAGGAAUUUCGAGAGGAACUCUUAGCUCUUCAGCUACAACAAAAUGAGUUGAUGUCUCGUUUCACUCAACCACCAGAAGGCACUCAUUCUACUCAAUUUACUGGAGGAAUUCCACACCGGCAACAAUACUUUGCAACUCGCCAAUCUAAGGUUGGUUUUCCUAUCUUCAAUGGAGAGGAUUUAACCGGUUGGAUUCUCCGUUGUGAUCAUUUUUUUGAGGUGGAUUUAACACCGGACGAAUCAAAAGUGCGAUUGGCAGUGAUUAAUUUUGAAGGCCGCGCACUUCAAUGGUUCCAAAACUGGGCAAAAUACCAUGAUCGUCCAAUGAAUUCACCAUGGCUACUGUUUCUGCGUGCUUUGGAAGCUCGAUUUGGUGAUCAACUUCUCGGUGAUCCAAUGACAGAGCUUUUAUCACUCAAGCAAACAGGUUCGUUUGCUGACUACCAUGAUAAAUUUGAAUUGCUGCUUGGUAGAGUCUCAUUAUCUGAAUCAUAUGCUAUUAGCCAUUUUAUCAACGGAUUGAAACCUCAUGUACAAAGAGCUGUCAGAAUGUUCAUGCCACAAACUCUAGUACAUGCUUAUGCUUUAGCUAGACUUCAGGAUCUGUCGACUAAUGCUAAAGAGGUUAUGCCUUACAAUUCUAAGAGAUUUACUACCACUGAUGCUAGAUCUACAUCACAUUCAACACCACUAUUACCCACACCUACUAUACCUGCUGUAAAAACUAGACGUUUAUUAACAGAAGAGGAGAUGGCUGAAAAAAGAGCUAAAGGUUUAUGUUAUGGCUGUGAUGAGAAAUUUGAAAGAGGGCACCGAUGUGUUAGGAAACAACUGUACUUGUUAGAGAUAGAUGAUGGUGUGAGAGACUUACCUAUUGAUACUGAGAUUCAAGAGGAUGAGUUAAAUGAGGAUGAGAAUCCCCUGAUAUCAAUACAUGCUAUAAAUGGCUCUCCAUCAAGAGGUUUUCGUACCAUGCGAGUCACUGGUCGUGUGGGGAAGAAAGCCAUUCAUAUCUUGAUCGAUUCAGGUAGCACACAUAAUUUUCUUGAUCUACAUUUAGCAAAGAAGUUGGGUCUUCAACUGACAUCAGUAACACCAGUGAUGGUGGAUGUGGCUGAUGGUAAUCGUUUGGAAUGUCAAUCGAUGUGUAAAGGAAUGCAGUGGUUUUUGCGGGGUACUCCAUUUAUCACUGAUGUCCUUCUUCUUCCUCUGGGAAGUUGUGACAUGGUAUUGGGAAUACAAUGGUUGGAGACAUUAGGCGUUAUACAGUGGGAUUUCAAAAACUUAACCAUGGAUUUUACAUUAAAUGGCCGCAGACAUUUGGUUAGAGGGGGUCACAAUGAGCUGCAAGUCCAUAAGGUUUCAGAGAAGGAGAUGAACAAGCUCUUGAUUCAUAAUGAAGGGAUACAGUUAUGCUGCAUAAGAGUGACUGAAGAAAGAACCCCAACACUACUUUCUGUUGAACAAAAUGCAGAAACUGAAGCCUCACUUCCCACUGAUGUUCAACUGCUUCUGGAAGAACACAAAGCUAUUUUUGCAGAACCAUCUUCUCUACCUCCAUUGAGAUCUCAUAAUCACAAAAUCACAUUAGCUCUGGACUCCUCUCCAGUGAACUCUAGACCCUACAGACACUCAGCUAUACAGAAGAAUAUCAUUGAGAAACAGGUGUCUGAUCUCCUAAAGCAAGGUUUUAUUCAACCGAGUUCUAGCCCGUUUUCUUCUUCUGUGGUUUUAGUAAAGAAGAAAGAUGGAACAUGGCGCAUGUGUGUGGACUACAGACAGCUGAAUAAGAUCACAAUCAAAGAUAAAUAUCCCAUACCUAUCAUUGAUGAACUUUUAGAAGAGUUGAAGGGAGCCACGGUUUUCUCCAAGAUUGAUUUAAGAGCCGGCUAUCAUCAGAUUAGAAUGGAGGCUAAAGACAUUCCUAAAACAGCUUUCCGUACCCAUGAUGGUCACUAUGAAUUUGCGGUGAUGCCUUUUGGACUCACCAACGCACCAGCCACGUUUCAAAGUCUAAUGAAUGAUAUAUUUCGACCCUUCUUGAGGAAGUUUGUACUUGUCUUCUUUGAUGAUAUACUGAUAUACAGCAGGGAUAUGGAAGCUCAUUUGAAUCACUUAAGAAUGGUCUUCAAGAAACUACUGUAG